CCUUGUAUCAAAAUGACAUCCACAAAACCUUCAUAAUGAAGAAAAGGUUGGGCAAGAAGACAAGGCUUAGGCCUAUUCCUCACUGGAUUCAAUUGAGAACUAACAGCACCAUAAGGUGCAAUACCAAGCAUAGGCACUGGUGCCAUCUGAAACUCGGUUUCUUAUGCAAAACGGUUAGGUUUUUCUUUUGGUUAGUGUUUGACAGAUCUAUAAGGUGAUCAAAGUGAUUGUUUCC